GUGACAGCGUUUCCCCGCCGGUCUGACAAAAAAAACCCAUUUUUUCCCUUCCAAAACCCAACCGGUCGCCCUCCAACCGCCGCGCCUGCCUGUCACCGAGACUAGCCAAUGGCGGAGAGGCGCUAAGCGCUCCUGAUUGGUGGGUUGCUGCGCCGGCCCCGCCCACGGCCCACCUCCCUGCCCCAACGCGCACGCGCGAGGCGCCGGCCCCGCCCCUGCCCCCUCCCUCCUGAUUGUGACCGACGUCAGCAAGGGGGAAAAUCUCGUGCCGUGCCGCCUGAGUCCCUCCCAUCGGGACAGUUUGCCGGAUCGGUGACUGGGCGCUCCAGGCGGUGAAAUGGCAGAACAGCCGCUGGCGGAGAUGGUGGAGAUCGCGGUGCGCGAAUUCACGUCGGAAGCUGACACAGCCCUGCAGCAAAGCUCCCAAAGUGCAGAGGACGACGACUCCAAUCCCACAGGAAAACGCCGCAGAGUGGAAGCAAAACCCUCGGAAGCGGAGGAGGGCGAGGACAAUAUUCAGAUGCUCCUGUACGCCGCCAGCAAGACACUGUGCCUCCGGCUCGACACCAUCGAGGCCCACCUCAACUCCAUGGAGGACAAGUGCAAGUGCCUCAGGGCAAAGGUCGACAUGCUGGCCAAUCAGAACGCCCUCCGCCCGCUCCUGGCUGAGCAGGCCACGGCGGAGGUCCAAAGACAGGCCGGCGGCAGCUCGACCGCCCUGCAGAGGAAGUCGUGCGGAAGCUCGGGCGACCCCUCCGAGGAUCCUCCCACGCCCAAGGAGAUGGGCUCGGCCCAGGAGCGCCGCGCCAGCCAGGACCUGCCGGAGGGCCAGGGGGAGCCCAGCGAGGGCCAGCCGGGCGUCCAGGGCCUGGGGCCCGGCGUCCACAUCGUGGCGCUGUGCGCCGACGGCCGGGGCGAGGGGGAGGAGCGGGCCGACAGCGGCGCGGCCCUCGUCCCCGACGCCACCAACCUGCUCUACCAGCUGAUGUACUGACUCGCCUACCUGGCGCCUGACUCUCUCUCUCUGUGUGUGCGAAUAAAUGUCAUCUGCUGCAACUCGA